GAGGAGGGAGGAGUGAAAGCGCUGUUGAAGACGCCAACCUAUUGCUGAAAACACCAAGAUGGAGUAAAAUCUGCUGCGGGCGGACGCAACAUUAGCUCCAGUAAAGGCUUUAUUUUGUUGGCCAUAGUUUCUUUUAGGACCAGGCAACUUUAACAGCCAAGAGGUUUCCGUUGAGGCUGUGGGAGUGGACAAGGGAGGAAGUGUGACCUCCUCUUCCGUCUACAAUGUCAGGUCCUGGUUACCCUGGUUCCCCCAACCAGGCCCCCUACCCCAUGCCCCAGACUGGUACUUACUCCAUGACCCCCUACCCAGUUCCCCAAGGAGGGUAUGGAGACCCCAAUCAAGCCCCUCCGCCGAUGGGCUUUAACAUGGGCUACCAGCCCCAGCCUCAACCGGGCCAACCAGUCAUGUACCAGCCAGGGCCGGUGGGUGGCCAGGCUCCAAUGCCAGGGCCUGAGUACGGAGGUUCUCCGGGGGGGAUCACUCCGGCCCCAGUGCCGGCGCCGGCUCCAGCAGUGGUUCCUGUAGGGGUCCCACCAGGACUCGAGUACCUGACGCAGAUUGACCAGAUUCUGAUCCACCAAAAAGUGGAGCUUUUAGAAGCAUUCAUCGGGUUUGAGACCAACAAUCAGUAUGAGAUCAAGAACAGCCUGGGCCAGAAGAUCUACAAGGCCAAAGAGAAGAACGACUGCUGCACCAGGAACUGCUGUGGCUCGCUGCGUAGCUUCGACAUGAAGAUUAAGGACAACUUGGACCGCGAGGUCAUUCGCCUCGUACGGCCCUUCCGCUGCGUCUCCUGCUGGUGCCCCUGCUGUCUGCAAGAGAUGGAGAUCCAAGCCCCGCCAGGCACCACCAUAGGCUACGUAAAACAGGACUGGCACCCCUGCGAGCCCCGCUUCUCCAUCCAGGGAGCCAACAAGGAAACCCUGAUGAAGCUGGAAGGGCCCUGCUUCGCCUGCAACUGCUGUGGGGACGUUAACUUCGAGCUGAAGGGGAAAGAUGGCGGCAAACCCAUCGGCCGCAUUAGCAAACAGUGGAGUGGACUUCUGAAGGAGGUCUUCACAGACACGGACAACUUUGGCAUCCAGUUCCCUCUGGACAUGGACGUUAAAAUGAAGGCCGUUUUAAUGGGAGCCUGCUUCCUCAUCGACUUCAUGUUUUUUGAGAAGGUCGGGGAGGCAAACCAGCGCAGCACCGUCUUUUCGUAACCGAAGAAGAAAAGGGAAGAAAAAGAAAGCAACUUAAUUCCUUUUUCAAAAUCAUUCUUCCAAAUCCUGCCUUGUUCACUUUUUAAUCCAGUACGUUUAUUCCAAGAUCCUCAUUUCGUUUGCUGACCCCAGAGUCCGCCAGUACUUUUUUCUACUUUUCGACUCCAAAGCCUGUAAGAAGUAGUGGUAUCCCUCAUCCUAAAGUCUCUUGUGACACAUGAACUAACAUCAGCAUGAUCAGACUCAGCUUGAUUCAAGAUGGCCACCAUGGGUUUUCCCAUGCGCCUCUUUGAACAAAUCCGGCAACUGGCAUAUUGUAGGACCAUGUUGCUCAGUCGUUUCAUUUCCGUUCCAGACUAAAGACGGCCUAAUGCGCCGUGUUUAUUUGUGCCCAAGAAAACACUAACACUAGUGUCCUUAUUGUCCAUGGACACUAACAGUGUGUGGACAAUGAGGUGUCCAUGUCGGACUGAAUAUUGGGGGAUUUUGGUUUUGAAUAGGGAGCAUCCCUUCAAGUGGCUUUAGCAUGAAGGAUUCAUAUUCAUGCCGUGUGUCUGUCAGCUCAGCUUAGUGUUGCACUUACUCGUCUAUCAUUACUGUCAAGCAGUGGGGAGGUUUGUAGGCUUUAUAUAUAAAGGAUCCAAAUUAAUGCUUUUUUUAUGUGUAGAUAGCCAUAUUAGCUUUUGCACUGGAGCUGUAGUCUGGUAGGGGAGUGGUAGUUGGAAAAUCUUAUUUAGAGUCAAGUCGGAUGAAACAGAGGAGCCGCAAAUGGAGCUGAUGCAUGUUAAGGAGGUUCACCAAAGUGCGUUGUCUCUACCUCUCAUAGCUUUGUGUUGUCCCUGCUGCGUCUCCGUCUGUUCACCCCAGACGAGCCACCUCCAUCACUGAUAUCGCAUCCCGUGUGGCGCGGGUAGUAUGGAUGUGUACUUACACGUUUACCUCACCCCAUCACCAGAGUUUGGUGUACAUGGCAGUGUACUGAACCUCCGAGCCGGGGGGGGGGGCGAAUGUCCGAAAUAGAUAAGAGGGGAGAAUAACGGCGAAAGUUUGGACAGCAGAUGGGAAACGAGUAUAAAAAAAGAGGGAAGUUGAGGUUGCUAAACAUUCCUGACCUCUCUCAGCGGCUGGAAAACCCCGCCGCUGAAGGCAAAGGAAAACACAGUCGACUUUCUAGUGUUGGGCCCGGACGGAAACAGGAACUCGUCAUAUUUCGUUCCGAUUGAUUGUUUAUUUUUUUGGGGGGGGUUAAGAUGCAGAUGCCAUGUUGUUACGCAUCGUGGAGAAGGAAAGUCGUAAAAACCUUUGGAGACAUCACCCGUUGCUCUUGAACGCACCGCCGUCACCUCGUCUUUAAAUCAUCCAUGUGUUAGUCCACAUUAUGUGGGUGCGUGCCUCAUGCGAGGUUUGGCUUUUAGUUUCAUGCCGCUGCUGUCCAUAACCGCACCGCCGGCAACGUCUCUGAGUUUGUCUUCAAUGUGCAUCUGUGUGAUAACUUGGUAUUUAGCGUAUGUGACAUGACCACUAACACGGAAAUAGGAAGUUGCCAAAGGAAGAAUAGUAUGUUAUAUCUGUUCGCCAAAUGUAAAAUGUUAAGCUAACACACUCCGUUUGUUAAUGACAUUGUUCGAUUUGCUGUUGGCAAACAGCACAUCCAGUUUCUGUGUGUCCUUUUUUGUGCCAUGUUUCUGUGAAGCUGUUUUCUUAAGAAAAUUGAAUUGCAUUUCUAUACACACAUAUGACAAAUAAAUCAUAUAAAAUGGA